GGCGUGGCCGGCCGCGGGAGCGCGCGCGGCUGUGGAGGGCGCGGGAGGCCGCGGAGUCGCGAUAGCCGCCAUAUUAAGGAGCGCGGAACCGGGGACCCCGUCAGUGGCGGCCGCAGCCGGACCCAGCGGGGCUGCGGGCAGUGGAGGCGGCGCGGCACGGCGCCGGAAGAGGCGGUGCUGACGGAGCCGGCGGGUGACGGGAGCGAGCCAGCUUGACCCAUUGCAACCACCCAGAAUCAAGCUCUCCCAUUUUGGCUCUGGCCCCACGAAAAUCUAAGGCUGACUUUGGCUGGCAGAACUUGGCAGGCUGACUUGGUCAGCAGCCAUACCUGCCCUGCCUCACCUCACCAUGGACCAGGACUAUGAGCGGCGUCUCCUCCGGCAGAUCGUCAUCCAGAAUGAGAAUACGAUGCCCUGUGUCUCGGAGAUGCGGCGGACCCUGACACCUGCCAACUCCCCUGUGUCCUCCCCCAGCAAGCACGGGGACCGCUUCAUCCCCUCAAGAGCCGGUGCCAACUGGAGUGUCAAUUUCCACAGGAUCAAUGAAAAUGAGAAGUCUCCCAGCCAGAACCGGAAAGCCAAGGAUGCCACCUCAGACAAUGGCAAAGAUGGCUUGGCCUACUCGGCCCUGCUGAAGAAUGAGCUGCUAGGGGCUGGCAUCGAGAAGGUGCAGGACCCACAGACAGAGGACCGCAGGCUGCAGCCCUCCACGCCUGAGAAGAAGGGCCUCUUCACGUAUUCCCUCAGCACCAAGCGCUCAAGCCCUGAUGACGGCAAUGACGUGUCUCCCUACUCUUUGUCCCCCGUCAGCAACAAAAGUCAGAAGUUACUGCGGUCGCCCCGGAAACCCACCCGCAAAAUCUCCAAAAUCCCCUUCAAGGUUCUGGAUGCACCUGAGCUUCAGGAUGACUUCUACCUGAAUCUGGUGGAUUGGUCAUCUCUCAAUGUGCUCAGCGUGGGUCUGGGCACCUGCGUGUACCUGUGGAGUGCCUGUACCAGCCAGGUGACCCGACUCUGUGACCUUUCUGUGGAAGGGGACUCAGUGACCUCCGUGGGCUGGUCUGAGCGGGGGAACCUGGUGGCUGUUGGCACACAUAAGGGCUUCGUGCAGAUCUGGGACGCAGCUGCAGGGAAGAAGCUCUCCAUGCUGGAAGGCCACACAGCACGUGUCGGGGCACUGGCCUGGAACGCUGACCAGCUCUCGUCUGGGAGUCGGGAUCGCAUGAUCCUGCAAAGGGACAUCCGCACCCCACCCCUGCAGUCGGAACGGCGACUGCAGGGCCACCGGCAGGAGGUGUGCGGGCUCAAGUGGUCCACAGACCACCAGCUCCUCGCCUCAGGAGGAAAUGACAACAAGCUGCUGGUCUGGAACCACUCAAGCCUGAGUCCUGUGCAGCAGUACACAGAGCAUCUGGCAGCCGUGAAAGCCAUAGCCUGGUCCCCACACCAGCAUGGGCUUCUGGCAUCUGGCGGUGGCACGGCCGACCGCUGCAUCCGUUUCUGGAACACACUCACAGGGCAGCCGCUGCAGUGCAUUGACACAGGCUCCCAGGUGUGCAACCUGGCCUGGUCCAAGCAUGCCAAUGAGCUGGUGAGCACGCACGGCUAUUCACAGAACCAGAUCCUGGUCUGGAAGUACCCAUCCCUGACCCAGGUGGCCAAGUUGACUGGGCACUCCUACCGGGUUCUGUACCUGGCCAUGUCUCCGGAUGGAGAGGCCAUCGUCACUGGUGCUGGCGACGAAACCCUGAGGUUCUGGAAUGUCUUUAGCAAAACUCGUUCGACAAAGGUAAAGUGGGAAUCUGUGUCCGUUCUCAACCUCUUCACCAGAAUCCGGUAAACCAUGGGCCGAGCCAUCAGGGCAGCGGAGCACCACCUGUCAUCACAUGCAUGACCCUCCCUCCCCGCACAUGUCCCCGGAGGAAGCAGCCGGGGUGGGCGGGAAGCCGGGCCCAGAGAGACCCUGAAGAUUCUCAUUAAAGCCUGAUUGCGAA